CCAGGUCAUCGCUACAACCAAUACGCAUCAUUAACAUGAAAUAAUGGCUAACGACCAGGACCAAGAGGACGUCGAACUGACGUCCGAACGUUUCGAUGAGCUUGAUUUAGAUCAUAGAGCCAAACGCGUGUUGAAGGAUAAGGGUUACACAUACCUUACACAUGUACAGAGUAAAGUGUUGCCGCUGGCACUCAGUGGCAAGAAUCUUAUCAUACAGUCGCCAACGGGUUCGGGGAAAACUCUGUGUUUCCUUCUACCAGCAGUAAAGUUGCUUUACGAUGAAGGUUACUAUGGAGAGUUGCCGUCUGAUGCAUCACUACUGGGAUGCAUAUGCCUAGCAUCUACCAGGGAGCUUGCAACGCAAAGUGCCAUACAGAUGGAUGACCUUUGUAAACCAUUGGGUAUAAGAGCAGGGUGCUGUAUCGGCGGUAUACGCGACAAGUUUGAUAAAGGUAAUGCACGCAAGCUGCAAAUAUUAACUGGUACACCGGGCCGUGUACUGGCGUUGCUCUCGAAUCAAUCGAUUAGUGAUACUGGUAAUGUUAAGUUAUUGGUACUUGAUGAAGCUGAUCGGCUGCUGGAUAGUGGUUUCAGAAACGACAUACUGGAUAUAAUGGGAUAUAUGCCACCCAGUACACAAAUAUUACUAUUCUCGGCUACAAUUAAGUCGUCUCUAAAAAACUUGUGUGAUAGUUUGCUUCAAGGGAAAGAAUAUGAGUUCGUCUGCCUAGGUUCAGAUGCAGCUUUACUAUCAGCCGACAAGCUACGACAGGAAUAUAUAUUGGUUCCGAUGAGUCUCAAACUGCCUGCACUUUUCCAUCUACUGAGCAAGAAUCAAAACAAACGCUUUAUAGUAUUCCUAGCAACGUGUAAGCACGUUAGACUGGUUUUCGAGGUAUUCAAAAGACUGAUCCCUGCAGUGCCAAUGACGGAGUGGCAUGGUAAACAAAGUCAACUUAAACGAAAUGAACAGUUCACUCGAUUUGCAGCAAAGCAAAAUAAUGGAUGUAUUUUUACUACUGAUGUAGGAUCACGUGGAGUUGACUUCCCAGCAGUGGAUUACGUAGUACAGCUGGAUAUACCAGACUCUGUCAACACAUAUACGCAUCGCGUGGGCCGUACCGGUAGGUUGACCGUGGAAGGAACGCGCAGCUUUGGUAUCGCAUUCUCUAUAAUUAGUGAAAAUGAAGCAUCAUUCGUGGAACAACUCAAAACAUCUGGAGUGAAGUUGCACAACCUAACGAAAUUGCUAUUGCCGUUCCUACAACGCAAGGAAAACUAUGUCCUACAAAAACUACAGGCCUUAAUGGCAAAGGAAGCCUGGAUUAAGGAAAUCGCACAACGCGCUGUUAUAUCAUAUAUGCGCUAUCUAUCCACGCGUAAAUCUGUUACACUCUCCGGUGCUGAACUCGUUGAAUCUGUGCAGCAAAUGGCAUUAGCCAGCGGAUUGCCAUCAGCACCCCAAAUAACUGUAAAUGACAAUACUAGCGAAAAGCCUUCGAAGCUCUCGAAGCUAAAGGAAAAGAUAAAAGCCAAGAAACAGCUGUCUAAUGAAACAAAGGUGGACAUCGCAAGUGAGUCUGAUGUCAGUAGUACUGUCGUGGAUUCGGAUGAAUCGUCCGAUGAAUCUGACGCUGACACGGAUAAUAUACUCACACGUGUUGGAACUGAUGCAGUGGAUGACGACCUGAAACAUUACAUAGAACAAAAGGCAACAGAGGAUAACGAAGAUGUAAAGCUGAAAGCCAACCUAGCAUCAACAAGGAAGAAAUUCCGAUUAAAUAGGCAUGGUGUUGCUAAACUACGUGGUGUGGAAACAAUCAAACAAACUGAACAGAAGCAUGUGGUGUUUGAGGCAGACUCAGAUGAAGAAGUUGAGGAUGAGCGAUAUCAAGAUGAGGUACCUACACUAGUAGAUAUAUCAACAGAGAAGAAGGCAUAUAUGGAACGACUGAACGCACAGUUAAAGGAGACUGCAGCACACGAUCAAGAAUGGGAAGCUCGGCGCAGAGCAAUAAAGCGUGCCAAGAAGCUUAACAAACCACUGCCGAUAUAAUUAUCUGUUAAUCGUU